CGGAAGUAAUUAUUGCAUCGCAGGGGUUGAGAAGCGUCGUUAUUAACAACGCCUCCUCCCCUCCAUUCUCCUCCCGUCGUCUCUCUGUUCGAUCAAGAGUCUUUGAAGAAUCAACACUGGAGAAUGGGGGAUUCAAGCUGCAUGGGUUGCAAAAAGUUUGAGGAAACUAUUUACUGGUCUCACUUUCAAACUGUGCAGUUCUUCCAGGUUCUUUCUGGGCUGCGCUACGAUCAUCACCUUGCUAUUCCGAAGAAAUUUUCUGAAAAUCUACGAGGAAAGCUAGCAGGCACUGUCCGCCUCAAAGGACCGAGUGGUUCUGUUUGGGAAGUGGGAUUGGCAUCAGACGGCGAGAGCCUUUACCUUAAGCGCGGUUGGAAAAAAUUUGUUCAAGAACAUUCCCUCCAAAAAAAUGAUGUCUUGGUUUUCAAAUACAACGGGAAUCUGCAGUUCGAUGUUUUCAUGUUUGAUCAGCUGAGCUUAUGUGAGAAAGAGGCUUCAUAUUUUAUAAAACAAUGUGCACACAAUGAACUCACGGGAGCCGAUAAAACUAAAAAAACUACCCCUCGAGCUCGAACCAUCCAUCUUGAGUCGACAAGCAAUGAAUCAUCACAGGAGGAUGAUGAUGAAAGGAAGGUUGUGAAAAGGCCAAGGAAGGAUGGCAUGUCUCCUAAAGAGAAUCAUCAAUCAAGUGGGAAGCUAAAGAAGAAAUCUGUCGAUAGAAGUGGUCCAUCGUCAAAUGCAUCUCCUCUUCGAUGGGAGUCAAACAGAAGAGCAGUGACUGAAGAAGAGAAAGACAAGGCUAUACAAGCCGCUUUUUCAGCUGCCUCUGAUGAUAGCCUCACUGUGGUUAUGAAAGAAUGCCAUGUCUACAAGGGCUUCUAUAUGUCAAUCCCCGUUGAGUGGUCAAGGAAACAUCUUCCUCAGAAAAACUUUGACGUGUGCUUGCGAAUGAAGGAGAAAACGUGGAUGGCGAAAGCCUAUUUUCGGAAAGCAACUAGUGGUCAUGGGGUGUCUGGUUCUGGUUGGAAGUACUUUGCACUAGAGAACUCACUUGAGCUAGAUGACGUGUGUCUGUUCAACCUGGUGAGUGAAAGCAGCAGUUUGUGCGUGUUUGACGUCUGCAUUUUCCGGGUCAUUGAUGAUGUGUCGCCAAGGAAAGGCAUGGGGGCAUACUCAAAAGGGAAACCGGGGCGGCCAUGUAAAAAUGAUCUCUGGAAAGCAGACUAGAGAAAGCCUCAUCAAUGUGAUCUCUUGUCUAAUUUGUUUGAAUUGCUGUUUUGCUCUCUGCCUAAUAUUGGCGUGUGUGUUUUGACUGCUAUGAAUCUAUGAUCAAAGUAAAUGGAUCAGACCCCGCCCAAAAGCAUCCACGUUUUUUAUCUUUAUACACAAGGGCCAAGGCAAUCCCGUUGUGUUCUUGUGUUAGAAAAUUGUGUGGGUGGUUUUGGGGUUCGGACUAAAAAAAUUCCUACCUAGAUCAACCAGUUCAUGUGUAACCAUGUUUAGAACUAUAAUCCGUAUUUGUUUGUACAUGCAAAUAUAAUACUCCCAUAAUACUUUGUUAAUUUUCUUUAUUUCGUCAUUACAAAAACUUUGUCACUUUCAUUUAAAAUAAGAAAUACGGA